GGUGAAGAGACCCUGAGGGAUGAGGUGACCAUUAGGACACUAUCAGUCACAAUGCUGUAUGAUGUGGAUCAGCGAUCAGUUGUCCAGUUCCAGUACACUGCGUGGCCCGAUCACGGCAUUCCAAAAGAUUUUGACUCCCUCUUGGAGAUGAUCGACCUGAUGCACAAGUGGCAGGGAUCGCUGACGUCCCCCAUCUGCGUCCACUGCAGUGCGGGAUGUGGAAGAACUGGUGUGAUCUGUGCCGUCGACUAUGUUCGCAGUAUGCUGCUGAGGAAGGUGAUUAGCGAAGACUUUGCCGUAAUGGACAUCGUGAAGGAGAUGCGACGACAGAGACCGGCAGCCGUGCAGACUAAGGAUCAGUAUGAGUUUACCUAUCGGAUUGUAGCCGAGAUGUUUCAGAGAGAGCUGGAAGCUGCUGAUCACGAUUAUGAAAACUUGGAGGAGGACGGGAGGCCCUGUGGGGGACUGGACGUGAAACACCCCCCGCCACCGAAAGCGGCUGCAUCGAGCGAACCUCGAAGCCCAUCGAGCCCGGCGCUCGGAGCUCAGGCCCCAGGCUCCAUGGCAUCGCAGGGCGCAGCUGGAGCUACGUACGCAGUCGUGGGACGGCGGAGAGAGGGUGGGAGCCCGAGGCCCGUCUCCUCCUACGUCCUGCCCACCUCCUCAGGCUGCACCUACGAGAACCUCAGCCAGGCCCCUGGGAACCUAUUGUCGUCAUCCACCUCCUCGUUGUACAGCGCUGUGGGCUUCGGUGACAGUCCCCGGGUACUGCCCCAGAAGACCCAGUACGCCAACCUGCAUCCCUCGUCCACGCCUGCAGCUCCUCCUCACGUCUCCACCAUCUCCUACUCCACCAUCGCUUUUGGGCAGCAGGGCUCCGAACCCAUCUCCCGCACAGGUAAGGAGGUUCCUGCAGUGACACGGCGCCCGACACGCUCUCGGUGGGGAGUGUUGGGGGAAGCCCAGAUAAAGAGGCUCCCACAUCAGGCACAGCGAGCUACGUUGAGGCAGCACCCAACACGCACUCGGCUGGGCACCCUCCAGCAUUGCUUGGACGUCUCGUUCCAAGCCUUGUGAGGGGGAGGAGACCCAGAGUUCAUUCAAACG